AAUGUGACUUUCACCAUCACCUUCCCCGGCAUGCCACUACCUGGAGGGAAACGGCCCUCCUCCUCAUGGUCAUCUCGUGACGAGCCUUACGACUUAUGUGGGCGCAGUUAGUUCAGUUUGGAACAUGCCAGCGCCAGAAACUUGAAAGCUUGAACAGCGACAUCACAGCAGGCUGUCAUUCUGAGAAGCGUUACAAAAGUCAUUAAUUUCCAGCUCCUUGAUCUUCAUCAGCCGCCAGCUUACUUGGAUGCGGAGCUUGGAAACAUGAAUUGUGACGAGGUUUCGGAACCCAAUAGCGAAGAAUUCGAUUGCAUCGAUGUCCUUUAUCUUCUCCAUCGAGAAAUAUCAUACGAUCCGUGCUGAUAUGCUCAUGAAAAACUUGCAAGUGAUAGGGUUCGAUUGGCGGGGGCUGAAUGGAAGGAGCAAGAUGUCGUCAAGCCUCAGGCACACGGAGAAACGAAACGGGGAUUCAACCUGGGAGAUGUAUUGAAAACGGUGUUUAUGGCUGUAUCACCAUAAUAGUAAUAGUAUGGACGAUCUCGACUAUCCUGCCUAAUCGUCGUCCAGCACUCUGAGCCUGGACCAUCCUACUGUCCAACAACCCUGGAAUAUGGGGUGCCCAAAUUUUCUAUAAGGGAUGACGAGAGGAACAUCGCAGGGCAGUUCUGUGAAAGUCUCACCAUGGCUUGCACGAACGUUACUAUCUUCACUGCUGCGGACACUCCUCUGAGAGCGGAUGCAACAAUUGCCCUCACUGUCGUUCCACCGAUACAGGGACAUACUGCUAGCGCGCUUGUUCCAUUUGCUUGGAAAGUACUAACCUUUCAUGCUCACGUGAGCGAGCAGCGCCAAUUUCGGUUGUACCCGGCUCGCCGAAUAACGGAAGUCUUCGUUCAUUCUGGUGACCAAACAGACCAGCAGUUUGUCACUUAUUCUGAUAACGGUGCCGGACUAGGGCCAAACCAGCACCUUGCUUUGGAGUCAGGACGAUGGACGUCGGAUCCUUUGUUUGACAUCCCUCCAGAUACAUCGUUUGCUAUCAAUCGUGACAUUGAGGAUCAUUUGUUAAGCAUCGGCUCAAGCUCUCCGGGCAUUCCUUUUGAACCCAUGAUACUUCUGCCAGCGUUGAAGCACAAACAGGGUGCCCUGUUUCGAUAUCCCUGCCAACUGCAAGCCUGGGAAGUCGAAUCACGUUGUGUGGUUGGCCAGCUUCUAACUGACCGUGGUCCAGGUCUCUUCACGGUCGAAGGAGACCCUAGCCCGAUUGAUGCUGGAAUGCUUGCAGGGGAUGUUGGUUUUAAACUGUACACCGACUCUGAUGGCAGGUUGGCACUCGAAACCAUCCAGCCACGUCAGAUUCUGAUCUUACAUCCAGCGCCACUUCCACUCAUGAUUCCGAGGCAGCAGUCUUCUCAGACGCACUUGCAACUCCUCCCCAGACGCCUUCGCCUCGCCUCCCUCGCUCAACAACAAAUAUUCGUUCUCCCAUCUUCUUCCAACCAUUGUAUACACCGCCUGGGACGCCCCAGGUCCAGCUCUCUCCCUCGCUGCAACCUACAAUUAGAUCUCCCGUAUUUUUAUCCCCACUUUUGACACCUGCCGAGGAUUCUAUCUUUAUAUACGCCUGAGUUUCAUGGGCUCUUCCGUAUGGACUUUUUCGGAAGUGAUAAAGGACACUGUUAACAAACGUUCUGUCAUGGUUCAGUGAUGUUUAUUAUGUAUUGUCCACGGAUCACCCAUUGCAUUCAGCAUAAAGCUGGCAUGAUCAUAUGCUACAGAAGUGUC